AUGUCAAGUUCUGAUGAUUCAUCUGAUUAUGAUGAUUAUACAGAUUCAGAGGAAGAUACAGAACCAAUAUCGUGGAAUAAACUAAAGGAUGGUUGGCAAGAGUUCUUAGUCGAUGAGAAUGCAUUCUUUAUAGUACCGACCAAUGAUACACCCGUUGUAAAUGCAUCGGGUGGUGCACUACCCUCGACCACUGCAUCAACACCAACCUCACCAACCACAACCAUUCAAAUCGAUGAAAAUGCAUUCAAAGAUCCUCUAGGAAUUUUAAAAAUACCACCAAGAAAAUCAUUCAAUGUAAAGAGUCAUUUGAUAUCAUUGGAGUCUGAACAGUUUGAUCCAGUGGUUUUCCUAUCAGAGAUACAUUCACAGACAAAGUUUACAGAGCUAUCGGUUGGAUUGAGCAAGUUGAAAGAGGAAUCGACAUCGAAGGAUCUAGAGAUUAAACUGUUGGUAAAGGAUAACUUUGAACACUUUGUAAAGUGUAAAGAUACCGUAGAUGAAGUAUACACUCUGAUAUCAUCUAGUUCUAUGUUACAAGAUAUGACUGGUUCAUUUACAAAAAUCAUUGAUAAAUCAUCACUCGUAUAUAAUCCAUUGUUACAUGGAAAACAAGAAGCAGAUAGAAUUCGUAAGGUAUUGGCACUGCUAAACAAGUUUAAACUCAUUUUUAAACUACCAGGAAAGAUUGUUGAGAAUAUUAAACAGGGUGAAUUUGAUAAGAUCAUUCAUAAUUAUAAGACAGCAAAGAAUAUGAUUACAACCAACAAUAAGAAGGUAUUUCAAAAGGUUUUGUUGGAUAUCGAGAGAAUCAUGGAGGAUUUUAGAGGUCAGUUGUAUUCUUCGUUGAGAGAUCCACAUGCAAAGCCAGAUCAUCUCAAGAAGGCAAUCAGAGUCUUAAUGGAGAUUGGCAAUGGCAAAGGUGAAUGGGCAAUGAUAGGUGAUCCAUGUUGGUAUUGUCUAUCAAACAAACAUAAAGCAAUCAUUACAUUGAUAAAACAAUGUCAUGAAGAUAAAUCAUUACCACAUCAUAAAAGAAUACAAAGAUUAUCUAUAUUGUUGCUAUCGAAUAUUCCUAAUCUUUAUAAGAUGGGAAAGGCAUAUGUAGAGGGUCGUUUCGAUAUUAAGGAUCCCGAUGUCAGUUUGAAGAGUAACAAGCAGAAUCAGUUGUUGCCCACUGCCAAGGUGAAGGAAGCCAAGAGUAUUACGGUGGUAGUACACUACCUCGAUGAAUCGUUCUCUUCGUACAGUGUCACCGACGACAAGAAGAUCAAAGAUCUCAUUGCAAUGUGUAUGAAGAGAUUCCCAGACUCUGCGUCAGAGUAUCGUAUGUACAAACUCUCAGAGAAGAAAGGAAAAGGUGACUCUAUCACUCGUAUCAAGCUAGUGGAAUUGGAACCGGAUGCAUCUCCCUACAAACUCUACAAAAAGAUAACAGAUAAGAAACAUAAAUUCUUAUUUAAAAAGAUAACUGAAGAGUAUUCCGUAUCAGCAACAUCGGCGAUGAACGAAGAGAAUUUCAGAAAGUUGGUAAUUGACUUGCUACAGUUGUACUCGGGCAAAGUGGAGGAUCUGUUCUUCAACGACGACUUGUCGGCUGAGGAUUUGUCGAGCGAUAUGACAUCCAAUAUGGUGGAGAAUGUCAAUGAGGUUAUCAAGUGUUUGGAGAUGUUGGUUGGUCUUGGCAUGCCUGACAGCUACCUCGAUGCUAUACGUCAACUGGUAGAGUCACUCACCCUCCACUUUGUUAGCAGAAUCUGCUCGGAGAUGAUCGGUGAGGUGUCGUUCCUUUAUCUCCUCGAAGACUGGGCGAUCAACGACGAUGCACAAAACAUGAUCAUCUCUGCCAACCAAGUAGAUGGCAUGGUUACCACCAGACUACUCGAUGAAUUCUUCAAUACCAUCAAGUCGUCACUUACUCAACUAUCUGUAUUAGCAACCAAUCCUGCAUUACUUAAACAUGUUGAGAAAGCAUUAUGUGAAGCAAUAGAAUCAUUCGGUGAUUGUCUACAUCAUCUUGUUUUCGAAUCGAAUAACGGUGCAAUCGAUAAAUCAAAGACUGAUGAAGAUGAAGAACCAGUUGAACAGAUUAGCGAAACAAAGAAGGUAUUGCUCUCACUUUCAAAUUGUUCAACGGUUGUAUCAAAGACUGCCAUUCAACUACGUGACUACUAUGUAUUAUUAUUCCAUCAACCAAUGUCACAAAGAAUAAAGAAAGUAAUUGAGAAACUAGGUGUGUUGGAAAAGAUGAUCUUUGAAAAGUAUGUGCAAGAGAAGAAUUUAGAGUUUAGUGAUUUGGUGUCAAAGGGAAUAUUGUAUUCUGGAAUCAAUUGGUGUAGCAAGAAUGCACCGACCAAGGUCAGUUCGUUCACUAUGAUCAUCUUGACAAAGAUUGUGUUCAUUCACAACGAAGUGAUGAAGACCAUCAACUCUAUAGAUGUAACCAGUGGUAUUAUCAUGAGAAUAUUCGAAUAUCUCUUGGUUGCACUACAGUACAACUUUGAAAAGCUAGAUCCACUCUACGUAUCGCAAUGCGGACAAGCUCAACUGCUCUUGGAUGUAGCGUUCAUCGAAAGAGUACUCUCUCCUUACUCCAACGAGAAGACCACCAAGCUAUCCACUUCAAUUAGAAGAUAUAUUACGUCUAUGAAGAAGAUACCUGAUGAUUUAAUUGUAAGAAAUACUUGUGAGAAAUCUUCUUUGAUUUUCUUAUGUUUGAAUGAUAGUUUAAAGCAAAAAUAA